CCUCACAGAUGAGCUCGAGUUUUCCGCCCGUUCGCUCUGCCUUGGGUCGCUCUGAAUCGGUCGCAUCGCAGUUUCAGUCAGUUAUGUUCUAGCUUUCGGUUUAUUUGGACGUGCAGAGAGCGUUUUUCGGUUUAUUUUGCUUGCCUCUCCGGCUAUCAAUCGUGCCAUAUGUACAUACAUACAUAUCUAUAUACUCACUUAACCAUAUAUAUAUACAUAUGUAAAUAGAAACAAUCAGCGGGUCAAGCGUUGUGCGGGUGUGUGAGUGAUUGAUUGUACAUACAUAUCUGUACAUAAGUGCAAUUGUUUAUAUUGCAUUACGAGAUACAAAAGUGAUAGAUUGAUUUGUAAUUGAUUGCAUUCGUCGCUGUGGAUAAGCGAUUCAUUCGGAGGAUGCUGGUGUAUCUCGGAUAAAGAAAAAAAAAACAAAUCGAAAUACACAGAUAUAUAAAGUACAAAGUGUGCUCGGAUGUACAAUAAUAGUCGCUGCAAAUAUCUACAGAAGAACUGAAGCAAAAGUGAAAAGAAUAUAAAUAAACGCUAAUAAGAGCGCAAAUGCUAAAUGAAACAUAGAAUAUGGCGGGCAUCUUUCGAUCUACCUCACUAAAUCACUCGGCGGAUGUACCUGGCUCCCCAUUCAAGAGAUACUCUCUGAAUUCCAGCAACUCAAUAUUCUGCACCAGUCCGGGAGCCCUGCAAGAUGUCACCAUGGAGAACUCAUAUGCCAGUUUUGACGUUCCGCGACCUCCAGGUGGCGGCAACUCUCCCUUGCCGCCGCAGGGUCGCUCUGUGCGCGAGUUGGAGGAGCAGAUGUCCGCGCUGCGUAAGGAGAACUUCAAUCUAAAGCUGCGCAUCUACUUCCUGGAGGAGGGUCAGCCGGGUGCCCGGGGAGACAGUUCUUCAGACUCCUUAAGCAAACAGCUCAUCGAUGCCAAGAUCGAAAUCGCGACGUUGAGAAAAACCAUCGACGUAAAGAUGGAGCUGCUCAAGGAUGCCGCUCGAGCCAUUUCUCACCACGAGGAAUUGCAGCGCAAAGCGGACUUAGAAAGCCAGGCAAUAAUCGACGAGUUGCAAGAGCAAAUAAACGCCUAUCAGGUGGCGGAGUCUGGUGGUCAACCUGUCGAAAAUAUUGCUAGCACCAGGAAAAUGCUGCGCCUUGAAUCGGAGGUGCAGAGAUUGGAGGAGGAACUGGUGAAUAGCGAAGCUCGUAACGUAGCGGCCCGGAACGAGCUGGAAUUCUUGUUGGCCGAGCGCAUGGAAUCCCUAACAGCCUGUGAGGGCAAGAUUCAAGAGCUGGCCAUCAAGAAUUCCGAACUGGUAGAGCGUCUUGAAAAGGAAACAGCAUCCGCCGAGUCAUCCAACAAGGACAUAGACUCUCUUAAGGUUGAAAUAGAAGUCUGUAGGAAGGAGAAUCAAGAACUGGUGACCUCCAUUCGAUCCCUAAAACAUGAUAUGAAGCGACAAGCCCGCUCGAUGAAGGAGGCCGCCAAUACGAUGGACGUGCAGCGUCAUUCCAUCCAGCUUUUGGAAGCCACAAUCAAGCGCAAGGAAAAGUCGUGCGGAAGUAUGCAGAAAAGCGUGCUAAACUAUGAGGCACUGAUAGCCAAGUUGAACGCCGAACUGGAGACUAUGAGGCAACAGAAUCUUUACUUCCGUGAGCUCUCCGAAAACCUACAACAGAAGGAGGUGCGGCAACUGGAUCGCGGCGUGGCCAUCGUGCAGCCGAUGGGCAUGAAGGCGGAUGCCGGGGCCAAUCGGGAUCAGGGCGCCCAACUGGCGGAUAAGAUUUGCGAGCUACAGGACGCCCAGGAGAAGCUCAAGGAGCGCGAACGCAUCCACGAGCAGGCGUGCCGCACCAUUCAGAAGCUAAUGCAAAAGCUGAGCAGCCAGGAGAAGGAGAUAAAGAAACUUAAUCAAGAGAACGAACAGUCGGCAAACAAGGAGAACGACUGCGCUAAGACGGUAAUUUCGCCAUCCUCCAGCGGCCGUUCCAUGAGUGACAACGAGGCCAGCUCCCACGAAAUGUCCACCAACCUCAGGGUGCGCUACGAACUAAAGAUCAAGGAGCAGGAGGAGAAGAUCAAGCAGUUGGAGACGGAAGUAAAGAAGAAGACUGCGAAUCUGCAAAACCUGGUCAACAAGGAGCUAUGGGAGAAAAAUCGCGAGGUGGAGCGCCUCACUAAGCUGUUGGCUAACCAACACAAGACGUUGCCGCAGAUAAGCGAGGAAUCCGCCGGAGAAGCAGAUCUGCAGCAAUCCUUCACGGAGGCGGAGUACAUGAGGGCAUUGGAGCGAAACAAGCUGCUGCAGCGAAAGGUGGAUGUGCUCUUCCAGCGCCUGUCAGACGAUCAACAGAACAGUGCUGUGAUUGGGCAGUUGCGUUUGGAACUUCAACAAGCUCGCACGGAAGUCGAGACGGCGGAUAAGUGGCGUCUUGAAUGCGUAGAUGUCUGCAGUGUGCUGACGAACCGAUUGGAGGAGCUGGCUGGUUUCCUCAACUCUCUGCUGAAGCACAAAGAUGUUCUUGGUGUGUUGGCCGCAGAUCGACGCAAUGCUAUGCGUAAGGCGGUGGAUCGCAGCUUGGAUCUUUCCAAGAGUCUUAAUAUGACUCUGAAUAUAACAGCUACUUCCUUGGCUGACCAAAGCCUUGCUCAGCUGUGCAAUCUAUCCGAGAUUCUGUACACCGAAGGCGAUACAAGCCACAAAACUUUCAAUUCCCACGAGGAGCUGCACGCCGCUACUUCGAUGGCUCCGACUGUAGAGAACUUAAAGGCCGAGAAUAAGGCUCUUAAGAAGGAGUUGGAAAAGCGACGCAGCUCAGAGGGACAGAGGAAAGAGCGCCGCUCCUUACCGCUGCCCUCUCAGCAGUUGGAUAACCAGAGCGAGUCAGAGGCCUGGUCAGAGCCUGACCGCAAGGUUUCCUUGGCACGCAUUGGCCUAGACGAAACCUCCAACAGCUUGGCGGCGCCUGAGCAGGCGGUCAGCGAGUCGGAGAGCGAGGGAAGAACCUGCGCUACCCGUCAGGAUCGCAAUCGCAACAGCGAGCGUAUUGCCCAGCUGGAGGAGCAAAUUGCCCAGAAAGACGAACGUAUGCUUAAUGUGCAAUGCCAAAUGGUUGAGCUGGACAAUCGAUAUAAGCAGGAGCAAUUGCGCUGCCUGGAUAUCACUCAACAAUUGGAGCAAUUGCGAGUUAUCAACGAAGCUCUGACUGCGGACCUGCAAGCUAUAGGAUCACACGAAGAGGAACGCAUGAUCGAGUUGCAACGCCAGCUGGAGCUUAAGAACCAGCAGAUUGAUCAACUAAAACUGGCCCACAGCACUCUGACGGCAGAUUCGCAGAUAACCGAGAUGGAACUGCAGGCGCUGCAGCAGCAAAUGCAGGAAAUAGAGCAGCACCACGCCGAUUCAGUGGAAACCCUGCAAUCUCAGCUACAAAAACUCAAACUAGAUGCCGUGCAGCAGCUGGCAGAGCACGAGCGCCUGCAUCGCGAGGCUCUGGAACGCGACUGGGUGGCACUGACCACUUACCAGGAGCAGGCUCAACAGUUGUUGGAACUGCAACGAUCCCUGGACUAUCACCAAGAAAACGAGAAGGAGCUGAAGCAGACGCUUGUCGAGAACGAGCUGGCCACGCGGGCCCUCAAAAAGCAGCUGGACGAAAGCACUCUGCAGGCCUCCAAGGCGGUGAUGGAGCGCACGAAGGCCUACAACGACAAGCUGCAACUGGAGAAGCGUUCCGAGGAAUUGAGGCUGCAACUGGAGGCGCUCAAGAAAGAGCAGCAAAAGCUGCUGCAGAAGCGCUCCAACAGCAGCGACGUUUCCCAGUCCGGUUACACAUCCGAAGAGGUGGCGGUGCCCAUGGGGCCACCCUCGGGUCAGGCUACAACGUGCAAGCAGGCCGCUGCCGCAGUGGUGGGCCAGAGGGUGAACACAUCAUCUCCCGAUCUGGGCAUAGAAAGCGAUGCCGGCAGAAUAUCCAGCGUAGAAGUAUCCAACGCCCAGCGAGCGAUGCUCAAGACUGUAGAGAUGAAAACGGAGGGGUCAGCGAGCACAAAGGCAAAGUCAGAGGAAUCUUCUUCACCCGACAGCAAGAGCAACGUGGCAACUGGUGGUGCAGCCACAGUACACGACUGUGCCAAGGUAGAUCUUGAAAACGCCGAGUUGCGGCGCAAACUAAUCCGCACCAAGCGCGCAUUUGAAGACACCUACGAAAAGUUGCGUAUGGCUAACAAAGCAAAAGCACAAGUUGAGAAAGACAUCAAGAAUCAAAUACUAAAAACGCACAAUGUGCUGCGAAACGUUCGCUCAAACAUGGAGAAUGAGUUAUAACGAUCGCGCCGACGUCCAGUAUAUCAGCAUUAACCCGAGAGGCCAUUCACCCAAUGUUCAAUUGCCAUUUCUUGCCAUUCUUAUAUUUUGUAUGCAUUGUAUUUUGUUGUCUCGUUGCUAACUUGAUAUCAAUUAUUUAUGUGUUUUUUUUUUUUGUUUAAAGAGACCGUAAACAACGAAGCUAUUAGUACGAAAUACCCAUGCAUUUUCUAAAGACUGUUGAGGGAAUCGAACCCAUUGAAUGAACUAUCACACACACACACCUGUUUUAAGCACAAAACAAAGCUAACUUGAAACUGAGUGCUGACAAUAUGUAUCUAACCCGGCGCACUCAUUCAUAUUGAAUGACAUAUGUAUAUUAGAAUGUAUAUAUAUAUAUAUCCCCUAGUACCAUAACUUUUACGAAUAUUCUCUAGCAUACUCGACCUGAUUCUUGUCUCGCAUAACCCUCCAUUUUCCAAUCACUUGCGUGUAGUUACUGCCUGAUUAAUGUAUUCUCCUGCUGCUUAACUGCUCUUAAUCCUUGAUUUCAGUUAACCAUCGAAACGGAUACUGAAAUAAUUGUUUGACUUGCCGGCCAAAACCGUUUAACUACGUUGCCAUCCAAUAACUCUUUUUGUUCGAAACAUCCAUUUGUACAAUGUGUAAAAAGUAGUGUGCGUUGUCCUGGAGAACAAGAUCUAGAACUUAAGUCAUUUGUACCCGUCGUUUUAUGGAAUAAACAAUUGCGUUAGAAUUA